UAGGUCUACUGUUCCAGCCUUGUCGCAGAUUGAUGGUCAAACUUUCUGUAUAGGAGAAAUGCUCAAUACCAGGCAGAAGCGGACCAUAGUUAAAUUUUAACCAUUAUAAUAGUUGUAUCCCUUGGCUCGUCGACAGAACAAUGCAGUUGUACGUCUUACUAGUGGUAUGUGUCGUGUCAAUCAAUCAAACUUCCUGCCAGGACUAUGAGAAAGCUCUUCACCAGUACCGGAAGUCGUACUCAGUCUACGACCAGGACAACGUCUUCAAGCUUUACAAGGCCGUGUCGUCUGCCAUGAUCAAGUACUAUCAAACGAAAUACGUGACCAAAGAUUUCCUGUUGCAUUCUGUCCGGCAGUACGACCUCUGGACACAGUCGGUGCUAAAAGAUCGUUUCAUUCGCGUGGACUCUGACAGAGACGGCGUCAUGGAAGACAAGGAUUUCAACUACUACAUCCGGUACGUCAUCUUCUCAGACUUGUUGGCAUCAGGCACUGACGCUAAUAACGACUACACCGUGACCAGGAAGGAAUACAAACAGUUUGUUAGCACUUUUAACCCAAACCAGGAGUGGGAGCUCGCAUUCAACCUUUUAUUCAAAGACCUGGACUUCAACCACGAUCAGAUCUUUAACACAAACGACUUUUUGGCUUGUAGAUAAAUAGGUUAUUGGUUUGUACAAGACAGAUGUCACAGAGGAAAAAGACAUUGUUACAAGUUUAAUUCUAUUAUUCGAUUUAGUAAUACUUCAGAAAAAAAAUAAAGUACUUCAAUAACAAGA